AUGGGUAUCACUCCAGAGCAUGAUGCCGACGCAAAGCCAACCUCAAGUCUACCAAGCGAUGAGGAAGGCCAUGUUUCUCCCUCGAAUGUCGACGAUGCGGCGCUUGUCCGCAAAAUCGAUAUGCGUGUAAUGCCGAUGCUGUUUGCGAUUUAUUUUGUCGCCUUUUUGGACCGAGUCAAUAUCUCCAAUGCGCUCACAAUGAGUAUGCCAGAGGAUCUCAACCUAUACGGCGACCGGGCGAACAUCGCCCUGCUAAUCUUUUAUAUCCCAUAUGUUCUUCUCGAAAUUCCCUCUAAUAUAAUCAUGAAAAAGCUCAAGCCCCAUGUCUGGCUGUCUGGCUGCAUUGUCGCUUUUGGCGUUGUCAUGCUCGGUCAGGCCUUUACUCAGAACUACGGGGGUCUGAUUGCGACUCGAUUCUUCCUGGGACUUGCGGAAUGCGGUAUCUUCCCCGGAAGUUUCUAUCUGAUCAGUUUCUGGUACAAGCGUGCGGAAGCACAGAAGCGGUUUACGAUUUAUUGGUCGUCCGUCAUCUUCGCUGGUGCCUUUGGGGGUUUGAUCGCCUCCGGAAUCGCUCAGAUGGAUGGCAUGCGCGGCCUCGAGAAUUGGCGAUGGAUCUUCUUGCUGGAAGGCAUUGCAUCCAUCCUGGUCGGAAUCGCCGCAUUCUUUUUCUGCGCUGAUUUCCCUCAACAAGCAUCUUGGUUGAAUGAGGACGAGAAAGCUGCAGUGAUUGCGAAAACACGCAAUUAUGAAGAUGGCGACGAAACUGUCACAAAGUCUGAUUUGGCCGAAUGUUUCAAAGACCCCAAGUCGUAUCUGGCGACGAUAAUGUAUUUCACCAUUGUGAUACCAAUCUACGCUUUCGCGUACUUUGCGCCAACAAUCAUCAAAGCCUUGGGGUACGGGACGAUCCAGACCCAACUCCACAGCGUACCGCCAUUCGCCGCUGCGAUCGGACUAUGUAUAGUGACAGCAUACCUCUCGGAUCUGUGGAGCAUCCGUCUACCGUUUAUUCUAUUCGGUGACCUGCUGAUCAUAAUCGGUCUGGCGAUUAUGCUGACCACACAUGGCGCCGGCCACUUCUCUGCCGAGUAUCUCGGCAUCUGCUUCAUAACCAUGGGCGCCUUCAGCGCCGGCGCUGUUAUCAUCUGUUGGGUCCUGAUGAACAUGCAAGGCCAUAAGCAGCGCAGUAUCGGGUCCGGUUUGGUGAUUGGUGUUGGCAACGCAGGUGGUAUCGUCGCUGUCUUCUGCUUUACCAAAGAUGAUGCCCCCUUGUACAAGCGUGGAUAUUGGAUUCUGAUGGGUGUCACGCUUGCUGGUACGGUGACAACAGUGGUAUAUGGGUUGGUUGUUGCGCGUGAAAGGCGUCGUCAGAUUCAGGUAGAAGGCAGGACGGAUAAGGAGAAGAUCGUUUCCCUUUGA